UUGACCCUUCUGAUUAUCAUGGUAUAAGCUUAUCUAAAAAGUAUCACAAAACCAAAAAUUGGAAGAUUACCAAUGUUAGAACACACAAAAAAGGUUCCUACUAAGUGUCCAAUAUGUGGAAAAAUUAUUUCAGUUCAAAGACAAUUGAAGUAUCAUAUAUUCUAUCACACGGGUGAGCGCCCCUUUAAAUGUUUGACAUGUGACAAAACCUACAUUUACCAAUAUCAAGUAAAGAGUCAUGUGUUGACACACUCAGGAAAGCGUCCUUAUAAGUGCAGUUUUUGUGGAAAAUCCUUUGUAUUCCAAAAAAAUUUGAAGUUACAUAGAAUGUCGAUUCAUACAGAAAAGAAGCGAUAUAAGUGCACUACAUGUGGAAAAUCCUUUGUAUUUAAAUGCAAUUUGAAGUCACAUACACGGGUUCAUACAGAAGAAAGACCUUAUAAGUGCACUGUAUGUGGAACAUCCUUUUUACGCAAAGAAUAUUUGACGGCACAUUCACGGAUCCAUACGGGAACGAAACCUAGACCUCAUAAGUGCACUACAUGUGGAAAAUCCUUUUUAUGCAAAAGCCAUUUGGAGUCACAUACAAAGGUUCAUACAGGAGAGAGACCUUAUACCUGCACUACUUGUGGAAAAUCCUUUUCAUUCCCAGGCAAUUUGAGAUCCCAUACACGGGUACAUUCAGAAGAGAGACCUUAUAAGUGCACUAUAUGUGGAAAAUCCUUUUCAUUCCCAGGCAGUUUAAAGUCACAUAAACGGGUCCAUUCAGAAGAGAGACCUUAUACAUGCACUACAUGUGGAAAGUCCUUUCUAUCCAAAAGCAAUUUGAAGGAACACACACAAGUUCAUACAGGAGUGAGACCUUAUAAGUGCACUAAAUGUGAAAAAUCCUUUACAACCAGAAGAAAUUUGAAUUGUCAUACUCGAGUCCAUACAGGAGAAGGACCUUAUGAGUGCACUAAAUGUGAAAAAUUCUUUGUACACAAACACAAUUUGAAGACACAUACUCGGGUUCAUGAAGAAGAGAAACAUUAUAUUUGUACUACAUGUGGAAAGUCAUUUCAUCACAAAAUAGGUUUGAACUCACAUAUACUGACUCAUACAGGAGAUAAACCUCAUAAGUGUUCUACUUGUGGAAAGUCCUUUUCAACCCAAAGCAGUUUGAAGUCGCAUACAAAGGUCCAUACAGAAGAAAGAUCUUUUAUAUGCAGUAUUUGUGGAAAAUCCUUUACAUGCAAAAGCUAUUUGAAGUCACAUACAUGGGUCCACAUAAAAGAGAAACCUUAUAAAUGCACUACAUGUGGAAAAUCCUUUAAUUACAAAACAAGUUUGAACUCACAUAUACUGACUCAUACAGGAGAUAAACCUCAUAAGUGUUCUACUUGUGGAAUGUCCUUUUCACUCCAAUGCAAUUUAAUACGACAUACACAAGACGUCCAUACAGAAGAAAGAUCUUUUAUAUGCAGUAUUUGUGGAAAAUCCUUUACAUGCAAAAGCUAUUUGAAGUCACAUACAUGGGUCCACAUAAAAGAGAAACCUUAUAAAUGCAAUACAUGUGGAAAAUCCUUUGCAUCAAAAAGCAUUUUGAUGAAACAUACACGGGUUCAUACAUGAAUGAAACCUUUCAAUAGCAAACUAUGUGUGAGAAAUCUUAAACAUCGUAAAGAAAUUAUAACAGACAUUGUUUUAAUU